UCGUCUUCCCGGGUUCUCCUUUUCCUAACUUGGAGUGGCGUCCUUGCCUAUUCCCACUCUACUCAGUUUGCUUUAGCAUAUCCUAAGGAUUUUGUUCAAAAAGAAAUACUCUCAGGAUUUGUUUUGCCUCUCAGAAAUAUCCUUGUACUAUACCCUGCUGUAUACAUGGCGUCGGCGGCGGUAGAGGGGAAGAGCCGGGUGCUGGUGAUCGGCGGCACGGGGUACAUCGGCAGGUUCAUCGUCGCCGCCAGCGCACGAGAGGGCCACCCCACCGCCGUCCUCGUUCGCGACGCCGCGCCCGCCGACCCAGCCAAGGCCGCGGUCCUCCAGGGCUUCAGGGAUGCAGGCGUCACUCUCGUCGUGGGUGAUAUAUAUGACCAUCAGAGCCUGGUGGCAGCUAUCAAAUCCGCCGAUGUUGUGAUCUCGGCUGUGGGUUACGCGCUGUUACCAGAUCAAACUCUCAUUAUUGCGGCAAUUAAGGAAGCUGGGAAUGUAAAGAGAUUCUUCCCGUCAGAGUUUGGUAAUGAUGUGGAUCAUGUACAUGCAGUCGAGCCUGCAAAGUCAAUGUUUGGUGCGAAAGCUCGUAUAAGGCGUUCCAUCGAAGCUGAAGGAAUUCCCUACACAUAUGUCUCUUCCAACUUCUUUGCUAGUCGUUUUCUGCCAAGUCUUGCACAGAUUGGGGUCACUGGACCCCCAACUGACAAGAUUCUCAUUUUAGGAGAUGGUAAUGUGAAAGGAGUAUUUUCCUUGGAGGAGGACGUGGGCACAUACACUAUUAAAGCUGUAGAUGAUCCAAGGACCUUGAACAAGAUCCUAUAUCUGAGGCCAUCAAACAACACUUUGUCUCAUAACCAGCUUGUCUCGCUUUGGGAGAAGAAAGUUGGGAAAACAAUUGAGAGGGUGUACAUCCCAGAAGACGAAGUCCUGAAGCAGAUUCAAGAGUCUCCGGUGCCGCUGAAUAUAGUACUAUCAAUCAGCCACUCUGCCUGGGUGAAGGGGGACCACACUAACUUUGAGAUCGAGCCAUCAUUUGGAGUUGAAGCCACUGAGCUUUACCCCGAUGUGAAAUAUGUUACCGUGGAUGAAUACCUAAAUAGGUUCAUUUGAACUCCAAAUUCCUAUUGGCACCAAUAUUCAUAUGCACUGAAUAAAUAUCGGAGGUCAUGUAUCUUACUAGAAUGCCAAGUGAAUUAUGUAAUCAGAAAGUGUGAGACCUCAAUCUUGUGAGUUGUGAGGAAGAAUGCAGACCAUACUGGCAAUGCAUUUCAUUGAUCUUAGGGCUCUCUAAAUUACAAGGUUGUAACAUGUUAAUGUAAUGUUUCUAUAAUGGAUACUUAUGGUUU